CUGCGCUUCGCCGCCAGCGUCGUGUGCCGCCUCUACCGCGGCGCCACCAACCAGCGCAACCCGCUCACGCUCGCCCUCAACUUCUGCGUCAACUUCGCGCCCGUGUUCGUGUGGCUGCUCAUCUUCAAAAACGCCGGCGCCAUCCCCAACGGCGUCCGCCCCCGCAUCCACAACCAGCUCGCGUUCCUCGCAGACCAGUUUCUGUUCGGCGACAUCCACGGCGAGCUGCCCCAGCAAUUCGGCGACUCCGACCCGGCCCGCGUCGCGCGUCGCGCCACCGCCUUCUCGGCCGCCGCCUUCGCGCUGCUGGUGCUGGUGUUCGUGCCGCUCUCGCUCUGGUACUACAUCUACUACUGCCACCGCGUGUCCUUCAACGUGUUCGACUGGUACGACCGCGAGUUCCACGCCCGCGCCCGCUUCCGCCCCGCUGCCCCGCGCGCGCUGCUGCCCUUCCUGUUCCCGCUCUACGUCUUCGUAGUGCUCAACCUGGACUCGCUGUUGGCGUCGCAGGACGAGGUCAACUUCACCAAGUUCAAGGACCUGCUGGCGUGGUUCUCCUACGUGUUGCUGCACUUGCUCGCCCCCAUCUUCACCGCCAUCUACCUCUACGUGUUCCAGCCUCCUGGCACCCUCAAGGCGUUCUCCCUGGCCCUGGGCUUGCAGAACAUCUGCGGCGUGUGCACCCACCUGCUGCUUCCGAUGGCGCCCCCGUGGUUCAUCCACAUGUAUGGCAUCGCAGACACCGCGCACGUCUCCUACGACCAGGAGGGCUACGCCGCGGGGCUCACCCGUGUGGACACCCACCUCGGCACCCACCUCAACUCCAACGGCUUCCACAAGUCGCCCAUUGUGUUUGGCGCGGUGCCCUCUUUGCAUUCUGCCAUGGCCGUCCAAUGCUUCCUCUUUCUCAUCACCAGGGCAACCUCCACCAAAUCCCACGCCGUCUCCAACUACGCCGCGUCUAAGAGCUGCCCGGACCCAGACCAGGAUUCAGAGGACAAAGACACCGAGGCCCUCGAGCUCGAGUCCCUCUCCAACUCCCUCGACAGCUCCGACACUCCGCUCGUCGAGUCCGCUGUCGUCAUCCCGCAACUCGGCCUCAACAGCAACUGGCUUUUCAUUUUCCACAAGGCCCUGUUGCCAAGGACCCUGGGAACCGCGUUCCCGAUUCUACAAUGGUGGAGCACCAUGUAUCUAGACCAUCACUAUCGUUUUGACCUGUUCAUCGGCAUGCUCUACGUGAUAGUCAGCUUCACGCUCAUCAACACCUUGUAUUUGCAACGCCACGUCCUCAAAAGGUGGUGCGACGUUCGUCUUGGAAGAGCCCCAGACAACCGUCACGAGGGAAAAACCAUGGGCAUGAGAGUGUUUGAAGACACUCGCUUCGAAUGGUUUUUCGACCCCUUCGCAUAA